AUGUCUGGCUUGGGUUAUGAGGAGACAUUUGAACUGAAUGGAGAGCUAAUCAAAACCACAGUAACAUAUAGUAAUGACGCAAAGAUUGAUAACCAUAUCUCGUCUUUCCUUCGCCCUUCUAUUAAUCAUCAAACUAAAGUUAUCGGCUUUGAUGCCGAGUGGUUUCUGAGUCAUACUCGUGAAAAAGGAAAAUUUUCCCUGUCCCAAUGUGCAAGCAUACAGCUAUGUGAUGGACAUUCGUGUCUUAUUAUUCAGCUAAAUUUAUUUCAUAAUUGGUCUCGUGAUUUGUCUUUCAUCAAACCACUGCUUAACUUCCUUAGUAUGCCAGAUUAUACUUUUGUGGGAGUUGGCAUAAAAACAAAUUUGGCUAAGCUGGAGAAGUAUUAUGGGAUUGGAUGCAGAAAUUCUGUGGAACUUGGACCGUUAGCUGCUACUGUAAUGUUUGAUCCUCUUUUGAGUUAUUGCGGCGUUGAUGAACUUGCUUUUGCGGUUGAUAGUGUUGUAUAA